AACCUAACAGUGGCUUAGCUACUUUGCUUUCAAAUCUGAAGUAAAUCCCCCUUUCAGAGUGGCCAUUACAAUUCAACACAUAGCUCAAAAUCAAAUCUUUUCGGCUUAGGAAGAAUUGAUAGAGUAGAGAAUAGGAAGGUCACAGCGUAACCAAACAGUUGACAGCGACGGCAAGGCACAAACCAACCAUCUUUGGUCCUCAAAACGAUGGGCGUCCAGAACAAGGACAUUCGCAUUAAUUGGGAUUCUGAACCCCGUCUCACUAAUCAUCUCGUGAAUCUCAUUGCAGCCAACUCGAGGUAUAGUGCUUGUAUCUUCGGUAGCAAUACAGGGGAUCGUUGGCUCAUCGAGCGCGAACUUUGUCUUGAAGUUUUGAAGCAAGAGCCUUGGAUGAGAGACAAAGAAGUACAGGGGUGGGUACGGAGGUCAGCAAAUGGGUGGGAGGCGACGGAUAAAUGGACAAGCGGGAUGGUCCAUCCUGUGCGGAAUCGUCUGCAUCUGUUGGUCAAAAGGAUGAAAGAAGGGUGGUAUAAAUCAAAGUAUGCAAUCGAUCCGGAAUGGAGUCGUGAAGAACAAGUUCCCGAAGUGACGCGAGUCACGCUCGGGAGGGACCAUCCUUACUAUUUUACUCUUCGCUCCCUUUGGCUCAAGAACCAACAUCCUGUAUCCGCUUCUACUCCGGCCACUGUCCAGUCUUCACAUGAACAAAACAAAUGUAAACAACGCACUGCCUCCACAUCAAGAUACUGGCCUUCGGCGAAAAAUGCCAAUCAUCUCGAAGGGCUCCAUAAGCAAAAAAUUCAAGGAGAUGCGUCGCAAAUGAUGGCCGAAUGUUUCUCCGAUCCAGAGGGUGAACAAGAGCGGUCACCCAAACGACCGCGAAUUGAUGCUUCAGACCGAAGUUAUGAGGGAAACCCUGAUGAGGAAGCUGUUGUUGAAGAUACUUUGGCGGAAUCUCCUCACCCGGCAGAUGAACCAGACAGUCGGGAAAGGGAGGGAAUGGGAACACCAAAGGGGUCGAACAGACAUAGAGUGCAGGAAGGUUUCGGGGUUGAGAAUUCAGUAGCGUCGCGCCCCACUCCUUCGUCAGAAAAGAGGCCGAGGGGACGGCCCAAGGGAUCUUUGAAUAAGAAGGGAAAGAAGAUCGAGGUGCAUAAUGAGGGAAGAGAAAUGCCAAAACCUCUUGAUGGCGAACCUGUCAAGAGGGGUAGAGGGAGACCGAAAGGUUCCACUAAUAAAAGGAAGCAGUACUAAGCUGUCAUUCAAACAAUGAUGGGUUCUACACACAUCGGGAUAGUUCGAAAAGGACUUCGUUUAUUUCUGGGUUCCCCUUAGAUGUUUAUAGAUUUUCUGUAAUGUACCAACGCUUAUCAUGCUAUUGUAUGCAUCAUCACGUUCGUG